AUGUUUGCAUCAGUGUUUAACACUCGGAAUGGUCCCUUAGAUCCGGAAGAAGACGAACGCUUGAGAUUGAACAUGUUUUGGACCGACUUGACUUCCCACACGUGCAUGACAUACGCCACUCGAGAGUACACUGCCCGGCUGGUGAACGUUCCAUCAUACUACAACCGCCGUGUGGAGGCUUGCAUGGCCACACCGGUAAAGAUCCAUGGGGUUGAAUAUAUGCCUAAGUGGUGCGAGGAUCAUGGUCAAUAUAAUGUAAUAGGUCAUUGGGAAGUCGACCAGCACGAGCCAGAUUGCGCGUCGUACUGGAUCUGGUACAAAGAUUUUGGCUGUACUUCGUUUGGAUCCGGUCAGCGACGUAUCGAACAUUAUCUUGAGAACAUCCCGUGUGGAGGUGAUUGGAAGGAGUUUUGUGCUACCACUCCUGUAAGCUUCCGUGGGAUGCACUUCACCGGGGCACAGAUCUGCUUCAAAAAUAACGGUGCUACAUGGGGCCACUGGGUUUUUGAUGACGAGAGCUGCAGGUAG